AUGGUAUGGCUUCAAGAACAACCACGUAACUUCAUGAAGAGGAAGAGAGAGCCUUAUGAGAAGUCAAAGAAGAAGAAAACUCGGAAGCUGGGAGAACCUUCAGAAACCAGAUCGCCUGCGCCUCUGGACUCCUCUAUUUUAAGUAAGUCAUAUCCCUUUGAAGCUCCUUUAAAUUAUAGUUUAAAGCAAAUAUCUUCCUCUCUACCUCAACCUCCCCCCACCUACUCUCCAUCUGAAUCCACCAUAUUAAUUCCAACUCCCUCUGAACCCAACAUGCCCUCAUCUCCUCCAUAUAAAUUCAACCUAGAAACAACAACACUCCCCAUAUCUGAAGCUAGGUAUCUUAAUGAAUCCAUUUCACCUCCUUCAUCCAUUCCUUCUUCUCCUCCAUAUUACGACAUCUCUUCUGACUCUGAACAUCCAGAAAUCCCUGACCCUUCCUGUCCAACUUUUUUCCAACUCCAAGCCAUAACACACUCUGAACAACCUUCAUCUCCACCUUCUGAACCUCAAACUGAACCACCUUCUGAACCUCCCUCUGAACCUCACACUAAACCAUAUAAAACCAUUCCCACUCCAUCUGAACCAACCUUCCCAACCCUGGAAGAGUCAUUUUCUUUAUUUUCAGAAUUUUCAGCUGUGAAGCUCAUAACACUGUCUGAACAAUCCAACUUAAGUGAUAAUCCUUCUGAAGUAAGGACUCACUGGAAUGGAUUUCUAAGAUGGAUGACAUAUGAGGUCUUCAAGCUGAAAGGACUCUCUGAACAAGUCAGAAAUGACUAUGUCAGAGAAGCUGAGGAGAGGCUAGAGGUGCGUCUGGCCAAAGAAGCUGAAGAGAAAGCACGUCAGGAAGCUGAAGAAAAAUCAAGACUAAAAGCUGAAGAGUAG